AUGGAUACUGUUGAAAGUGGCAAACCUAAUUUAUAUUAUUUUAAUACUAGAGGUCGAGCUGAAACCAUUAGAUUAAUAUUGGCAUAUGUCGAUAUUGAAUAUAAUGAUAUUCGUAUUGAUUAUCCAAUGAAUGAUACUAUUAGAAAGACAUUUACCUUUGGCCAAGUCCCUUAUUAUGAAGAUUCUGUAGUAGGAGGUCUCUCACAGUCUAUCGCUAUCGAACACUAUUUGGCCAAUAGAUACAAUCUCUCUGGAAAGAGUUUGAAGGAGAGAGCUCUGAUUGAGUCGUAUGCCCAUGCUACACGUGAUGUUGUAAAUCCAUACUACCUUGUCAAAUUUGAUGAUGCUGCCAUUCGUAGAUACCAGACCGAUGUUGCUCCAAACUAUCUAUUAAAAUUUGAAAGGCUACUCUCUAAAAAAACAACGAUCUAUAUUGUUUCUGAUGAAAUAACUUGGGCCGAUCUGUCGAUUUUCAAUCUCAUAGACUUUUUCCACCAACAAAAAAUGUCAAAAGCUAUUGAACCAUUUCCAAAUCUAAAUCUCUUUUAUCAACAAAUUUCUUCAAUUCCUUCAAUAUCUCAAUACUUACAAUCAAGAGAGAAAACAAGAUUCUAA